AUGUUCAUCACCUCGAAAUCCCGCGAGACAAAGGAGAUUCUUGGAAAUUCCACGGAUAUCAAACCAGACAAUAUUCUCAGCGUUCGCGGACGACUGAAGCUGGCUGACUUUGGCUUUUCCAGCUUUGCGCCUGUAGUUGAUAGCUACGAAUACUCUGAACCGAAAGAGGUUUUGAAAGGGUUUACUGAUACUUAUGGCGCACCUGAACUAUCCCGCAUGAAUGAACCGGACGGCACAAUGAUUGGUGUCUCGCAAACUAUUGACGCCUGGUCGUUCGGUUGUGUUCUAUCGGUAGCUGCGACGUGGAUCGUUUUGGGGUUUUCAGGUAUCCUUCAGUAUGAACGCCUUCGACAACUGUCCCCCGCGAAUCAAAAGAGAGGCCAAAGAUUGGACCGAUUCCACGAUGGAUACCAGGUUCUACCGGAGGUGGGGAAAUGGCACGACUAUCUGCGUGGGCAUCUUCGUCCAUCAGAUACGACGACGGAGCAAGUCCUGAAUUUGAUAGAGAUCAAGCUGUUACGAGCAGAACCCGUGGCACGGCACACUCUGGAGGAGCUCUGCGAAAAGCUUCAAGAGUUGAGUGAUUGGGCGCACUACAAGAUCAAAGGUCUCAGGAAGUACUCGCGGGAUAUAGAUCCUCUAGUCAUGAGAGCCCUAUCGAGCAUAGAAAAGGAAGCUCAUGUCCAGAGAGUUUCUGACCGAUUUCUAACCCGAUCACAACAAUCCUUUGCAUCUACAAACCCUCAGCAGCGGGCAUCGAUGCGGACAAAUAUGGGAAGUAUGAUCAGGAACAAACCUCUCGGUCAUACGGCGUAUCGCAAACAAAUUCUGGAGGAGGAACUCGAAUCAUGCUAUGGCGAAGAGGUGGACAAAGCGCCGCUGCUCGCGGAUGGAAGAUAUAACGGCGGCCUCACAGAAAGUCCUACUGAUGCGACACUUUCAAACGACCUGCCAUUUGUUGGUCGCAGGAGUAAGCCCGAAAAUCCGCAGUCACGAGCACAUGAACAAGAAUGGUCAGACGCAGACAUUCGGACACUGAGUGGUGCACGUCUAUUCCUGGAAAGUGAUCGCCCUGCGACACCACCACCAUCCUCCGACCGCCACAUCAAAGUCUCUGGUCCCGACACUGGGCCCUAUAGCGAUGAUGUCUUCACAACACAACCAAAUGGCAGUCCAUUCGAUAUCGGUACAUCUGCCGGAGACCACCCGGCAAGACUCAACCUGCAAAUCCCAGAAGCAGACUCGCCAUCUGCAAAGUAUCACAAGAAUCUUGCACAGCCAAACCACACUGCGGAAUUGAUGUCUCCGCCUACAGAUAGGUCUUACGCGAUACAAAACUCUGACAUCACGGCUGAGAAAGAGACGUUUGCAACAGAGUCUCCUGCGCUCACACCCGUUCGAAUCAUCAUCGGAAGUGACUCCAAAGACAACAAUGAUACUUUAGGAGUGAAGAGCCAUAACAGAGAUGUAUCGAUCGUGGAUGUUACAAAUCCCAAAAGCUCUUCGUCUGAAGACAAGCGUGUGUACGAGUUGAGCAUCGAGAGGCCGAGCAUGCAUGAGGCUGUGGAGAAUUUUGAGCCUCCGCUGUUAGCAACACAGCAUCAGGAUAUCCAGUCUCGACAGUACCAGAUAGCGAAACCCAGCUCGAAUACUCAUGUCCAUGAGAUGCAAGCUCUGCGUACCCAGGCAUCGUCGGUAUCUCACGAUAGUUCACCGCUACCACUUCCGCGAUCUGCCCUAGAGUUGCCGUAUGACAUUUGCCUGGCAAGAAAGGAUAUGGAACAGCAGGUCCCCAAGGGGUUUGCGAGAAGAUUCGCGAAAGUGAAGGGUAAUCUUGGCAUGGAAACUAGAGGACGCGAUGUUGGCCUUGUAGAGACCUUUAGUGACCCGCGCGACCUCGUAUUUGUCAUCGAUAAUGGAUGGACAAUGUCUAAACAUUGGCCGAUCGUGGCGUUCGUUGCAGAAACGCUCGCCAAGAAGGUAGCUGGUCUUGACAAAAGUGGCAUCGAUAUCAGAUUCACGGUUGAUGGCGACAUACAUAGAAAGCAGCGUUUGAAGGGAGACUCGGGCCGAAGAACGCUGAAGAAGGCGCUCAAAGCAGCGUGGCCGGAGUACAAGCCUAACGCUCACGCCACUUCAGACAUGGCGAAGACUUUCACAGAUGUUUUCCACGAGUGGCGCCAUAUUGGCCAGCCAGCCACAACACUUCUCGUCUUGACCGAUGGCGUGUGGUCAAAGACAGAUCUCAAUACCCUCAACACGACCAUACUCGACAUCGCUCAACGAGACCAACGAAAUGCUGGCAAGCGGUACUUUAGCAUCCAAUUCAUCCGAUUCGGGGAUGCUGUUGCCGAAAAAGCUCGUUUGCAGUGGCUAGAAGACCAUUUGUGCGCAGAUCAUAAACUAAGGGACAUCAUCGACCACUGCUCGUGGCGCAGUACAGUCGAUAAGAUAUUGAUGGGAAGCAUCGAGGGUUAUUGGGAUCAAAAAGAGCCCGAAGAGCCGCCCGUCUUGUAUGAUUACGAUGACCUGGUUGAUCUGUUCAAUGCGUUCAAUCGAGGAUACGACGGGAAAUCUGAACAUCUCAGUAGACUAUCCCAAACGCCAUUACGAGGGUCGAUUCGGUCAUCUGUCUCCACGUCGCGUGCAGAUAGCUGGACGGAACGGCGUUAA